AUGAUAUUGUGGAGUCAACGUUUAAUAGAUAAAUACGAUAUUUUACCAUCCAAUUAUGAAAAUUUUGCGGCACUUAUAGAAGAACACUUAGUAUCUAUUUACGAAACAGCAGGAGCAUAUCUUCGUUUCAAUGAUGAUCUUCGUCAUUUGUCAUCUGAUGAUCGUUCCAUAAUUCUUCGUAGUGCUGCUGACAAUGUAUCCUGCAUGAGUGGCGCAUUCAUCAUACAGCAUUGUAAUUUAUAUGGUCUCGAUGCUUACUUGAAAGCAAUGAAUGUAAAGUAUGGACAAUGUACAGUGGAUCUUACUACUCGAACAAGGAAAUUCAUUGAUCCAGAUGUUGUAUUAGUCAAGUUGUCAAUUUCAUUGUUCGCUUUCUCUGAAAAUAGUUGCUGUUAUUAUUCAAAUCUCUCGAACGACUUAACAAAUCCUAUUCAUAUUUUAGAGAUUCAAAACAAGUAUGCAGAAGUAACAUGGAAAUAUCUUCUUUACAAAUAUGGUCAUUAUGACUCUGUGAAACGAUUUCUUAAUUUAAUUAUAUGGCUUUGUUCUAUGAAUGUUUUAGCGGUUCAUGGUCAAUCUGUGACAACACAUGUUAAGGAUCUUGAUUCAAUUAUUGAACAAACUGAAUUAACACUUAAAUUGGAUGAGGUUGAGGAAAUCAUUGAAACAAGUCAGUAA